AUGCCUACCCAAGAUCCCCUCAAAAGGCUCAAGUGAGCCUAUGAUGAAUGUCAUAAUGAUCGACAAUACUACUGAUUCGAUCAUAAACUGAGACUGUGUAGUGACUGCUGUGAUUCUCUCCAUUACAACUGCACAGUGCAAGCUAUUCGUUCCAAAGAUGAACUCUGGAACGCUGUAGGACUUCUCCAUCACUUUGUGGUGUCACUCACUAAGAAGGCCAAGACUUACAGACUCAUGGAAAACAUCAUCGGACUUGCAGACUGCAUGAAGCACAUCUCUGGCUUGUUUGAAGUGUUCGAGCAAGAAGCCAGGAUUGCAAUGAAGAAAGAUCAGUUCUUGAAGUUUCACUUACUCAUUGAAGAAGCAAGAACAAUCAAAUCUGACAUCCUUGGAGGCAACUUUGGAAGAGUCGGAAACUACGAGCAAAGUUCCAACCCAAUUCUGAGAUUGCUGUUAGACAGCGAGCUGGUGGGACUAACGUACAGCAAGAUUGGUGCUGCCCAGAAAAGGUCAAUUAGGAAAUUGCCAGAAUUUGAGGAAACUGUCAGAGAAGUAACCACAGAGUUCAAAGAUCAUAUUGAAGCCAAAACAAAGAAUGAAAUACAAGAGAAGACAAAAGAGAUUGAAGAGAAAACUGAAGCUAAAUACCAGAAACAGAUCCAAGAUCUCCAAGAAGAUAGCAAGAACUCAGAAGAAAAAGUCAAAGCUGUUGAAAAGGCAGUGAACGAGCUCAACAACAAGGUCAAGGAACAACAAGACCUGAUUGGGAGAGAACAGGUUCAGAAAGAAGACUUUGAGAAGGAGCUCUCUGCUCUUACGAUCCAGCAUAAUCAGCUCAAAAUCCUGCACGAAGACCUUCAGAAAACUCUUGAGAAAAAUCAAAAAGAAUUGGAUCAAAGAGAGGGUAUUUUGAAGCACGUUAAAGGUCCGCUCUGCGAAGCCAUGUACAAGGAUAUAGUUGGAGAGGCCAAGACUUUUGACUCAAAUGCGAAGCUUGAAACACUCAUAGGCAAUGAACAACAUCGAAAAUUGAUUGGAACUUAUGCACAGAACAAAGUUAAACUCCCUGACAUCAAGAGAGUUUAUAUAAAUAGCAUCAAAGGCAUUCCUUUAGAAAGUCUCGACCAGUUCUUGACUCAUUCUAUUCCUGAUCAACUUCCUCUUCUGUGUUUGAACUGGAGUUGGGAAGAGUUAUUAGUGGGAGCAAAAGUAAUGGAUGGACUGAAAGUUAGCUUGCCUAAAAUUACAAAAGAAAUAUUAUUUCAUUAUACUGAAUUUCAGCCAUCUGAUUUAGAGGCUGUUUUUCAAAACUCGAAUAAUUCUGAAAGGUUGUGUCUUAUUGCUUGCAAAUUGCAUAUUAAAGAAAAAAUGAACUUUGGAACGAAGCCAACUAAAACAACAUACUUAAGUUUUUGGAAUUGUGGUGACUCGAGAGUAACAAUGGAUUGGGGAAGUCAUCCAGAAAGAUUCGAGAGCAUAUUAGAAGCCAUCAGUAGAUCUCCAUACAAAAAUUCCUUACAAACUCUAAACAUUAGGACAUCCAAUCUCUCUAAGUCCAAAGUAGAAGAAAUGUUGUCCAACCAAAGCAUGUCUUCCAUCCAAGUAAUCCAAGAAACUCCUUCCCCACUAUCUGACUAACCCAUCCAAUCUCUAAAGCCCAAACCACCAAUCCAAUAAUCAC